AUGAUGGCGAAAACAUUGAUCAUAGUAGCGGUUCUAUUAUUAUCAACAACAACAACAACAACUUUCAGUGCAUCGCUUGCUUCAAUACAAAAAUUACGAAAAUUAAAAUCUGAUCCAACAGAAUCACAAAGAUUACUUGACUUAGGUGCUGGUACAAACGUAUAUAAAUUGGACUUUUUAGCAUCAACGCACGGUGUUGUUGCUGGACCUGGCGGAAAAGAAAUUCAAGCAUCGAUCUAUGAUUUUCCGGCUUUAACCGCACAAGGUACUGCGAUGAUUGUUGGCUUUCUAAAACCAUGUGGAUUUAUCUUACCACAUGUACAUCCGCGUGCUACAUCGAUGUUUGUUGUUACUGAAGGUGAUAAUGUUCAAACUGGUUUUUAUAAUGAUCACACAGGAAGAUUUGUAAUAACACCAUUAAAACAAUAUCAGGGAACUGUAUUUCCACAAGGUGCAUUACAUUUUGAACAAAAUUUAAGUUGUAAACAAGCUGUAUUUGUUGCCGGUUAUAAUAAUGUUGAUCCCGGUAAGUCUGACCUUUUUAAAAAUGUUAUUUCUAUCGGCAUACGUACAAAGGUUAGUUAG